AAGUCGCCAGUCGGUCGAAGAUCCAUAUUUUCUGUCAAAAGGGGUCCUUAUAUCCCUCCCACUAGUGGUUUGUUUCUCGUAAUUGUCGCCAUGAACCGUCUUGCUAACCAUGGUAUAAAUUUGGAUGUGUGCGAAUCAGAGUUAGAGAGACAACUCCUGGUGCACUCUACUUGACUCUUUGACUACCAUGGACCCCACCUUCUUCAAUCAUGUGUUAUGCUUCCUACAUGUUUUUUUAACUUGUCUGUAUACAUGUCAUGCCCGGGAGGGCCAUUCCAACAUGAACUUUGAACUCACGAAAGAGACUACGACCUAAAUUCACUUUCUGGCAGAGCGGGGGCUCUAUCUCCCUACAGAGUCAGAGCGGGGGCUCUAUCUUUCACCUUGAGAGAUUAUCCAGACUGAAAGUUAUGUGUGAUUAUUUUUGUUCGU